GAGCGAAUCAGCAUGAUGGCCAUUCUCCUCAACUGCGUGACGCUGGGCAUGUACCAGCCCUGUGCCGACGACGCCAGCUGCACCAGUCCUCGGUGUCGGGUGCUGCAGACCUCCGAUGACAUUAUCUUCGCCUUCUUCGCCGCGGAGAUGGUCAUCAAGAUGCUGGCCAUGGGCAUUGCCGGCAGCGCCAACGCCUACCUCAGCGACAGCUGGAACCGCCUGGACUUUUUCAUCGUCAUGGCUGGUGCUCUGGAGUACUCGGUCACCUCCAUCAACAUGAACCUCUCGGCAAUAAGGACGGUGCGCGUGCUGAGGCCGCUGCGGGCAAUCAAUCGCAUUCCAAGCAUGCGGAUUCUGGUGAUGCUGCUGUUGGACACUUUGCCGAUGCUCGGCAACGUCCUCCUGCUCUGCUUCUUCGUCUUCUUCAUCUUCGGCAUCAUCGGCGUCCAGCUGUGGGCCGGUCUGCUUCGUCAGCGCUGCCACUUGAGCCUGCCCGAGAACGUCUCCUUUCCCAAUGGGUAAGUGGAAUUUUGGCGGAAAAUAAAGAGCGUCAACUCCAUUGCCUCGUACUACCAGAAUGAGGACGGCGACAAGGACUGGAUCUGCAGCCUGGACAAGGACAACGGCAUGCACCGGUGCACCAACCUGCCCAACCGCCGCUUCUACCACCUCGAGUGCCAGGAGCCGGCCCGGCCGCCGCCGUUCACCAACGAGCCCAAUGACACCAGCUGCGUCAACUGGAACCAGUACUACACGGACUGUCGGCCGGGCGAGGAGAACCCCUUCCAGAAUGCCAUCUCCUUCGACAACGUCGGCAUGGCCUGGACCGCCAUCUUCCUCGUCAUCUCGCUGGAGGGCUGGUCCGACAUCAUGUACUACGUCCAGGAUGCGCACUCCUUCUGGUCCUGGAUCUACUUUGUGCUGCUCAUUGUGAUUGGCUCCUUCUUCAUGAUAAACCUCUGCCUUGUUGUGAUUGCCACGCAGUUCUCGGAGACGAAGAAGCGUGAGAUGGAGCGAAUGCGCCAGGAGCGGGCGAGAGCCCACUCGCUGAGCACGCUCGCCAGCUUCAGCGUCUCCGAGCAGCUGAACUGCUACGCGGCCAUCAUCCACUACCUGGCCCAUCUGGCGCGCAAGGUCCGCCGAAAGGCCUCCCAGUGGACGGUGCUUACUGCCACCAGCCACUAUCACCACCAACAACACCAGCCACUACAGCAUCGCAAAUCUUCUCAGUGUUCCCAAUCGAUCAGCUGGGAGGACUCGUCGACCUCUCCAAACGGACAGCAGCAGCAGCACCAGCAGCUGACCUGCAUCGGGGCCGGCGGCGACGUCCUCUGCACCAUUGAGCCAGCGUCGACGGACGAGUCGAGGAGGAAUCAAGGACCUCAAGGACAGUGCUCGCCCUCUCGCAGUGGCAGCCCCUCUCAUCAACAGGAACAGCACCAGCACCUCUACCACCGAAAGCCGCCGAACAAGGGCAGCUGUGAGCGCCAUCACCACCACGGUCAUCAGCAUGGCCAUCAGCAUGGCCAGCACACCCAUCACCAUCACCUCAUGCGGAAGAACAGCGCCUCCAGCAGCGUCUUCAGCAGCCGCAGCCACCUCUCCUCGACGCGGCGCACCUCCUCGGCGGCCUCCUCCGCCAUUCUAAACUGCCGCCGGCGGUGCUGCCCCCGCCAGUCCUCCCGACUGCUCUCCUGCCUGUGGGCCUUCUGGGGGCGGCUGCGGCGGGUGCUGCAGCGCGUCGUGGCGCACAACUACUUCAAGCGGGCGAUCUUCAUGGCCAUCCUCCUCAACACCUUCUCGAUGGGCAUCGAGUACCACAACCAGCCGCCUAGUCUGUCGCACGCCGUCGAGAUCAGCAAUGUCAUCUUUACGGCCAUCUUCUGCUGCGAGAUGGUGCUGAAGCUGCUGGCGGACGGCUUCUUCCAGUACGUGAAGAGCGGCUUCAACGUCUUCGACGGCAGCAUCGUCAUGCUCAGCCUGCUGGAGCUGCUGGAGGAGCACGGCAGCGGCCUCUCCGUCCUGCGCACCUUCCGCCUGCUGCGCAUCCUCAAGCUGGUCCGCUUCAUGCCCGCCCUGCGCCGCCAGCUGGUGAUCAUGCUGCGCACCAUCGACAACGUCGCCGUCUUCUUCGCCCUCCUCAUUCUCUUCAUCUUCAUCUUCAGUAUCCUUGGAAUGAAUUUGUUUGGCUGCAAGUUCUGCCGUAAGAAUCCCACUGACAACUCAACGCACUGUGAUAGGAAGAACUUUGAUUCGCUCCUCUGGGCGCUCGUCACGGUCUUUCAGAUUCUCACCCAGGAGGACUGGAAUGUGGUGCUGUUCAACGGCAUGGAGCGCACGACGCCGUACGCGGCGCUCUACUUUGUCGCCCUAAUGACAUUCGGAAAUUAUGUCCUCUUCAAUCUGCUGGUCGCCAUCUUGGUCGAGGGAUUCUCGCAAGAGGUAAGGGGAAAGAGAAGGAAAAUAGGGAAAACACUAGGCGGCCGAAAGAACUCCAUCAUCCACGAGAUUCGCGUGCUCAGCCCGCGAAACUCGCUCGGCGGCGUCUUCUACAGCAGCAGCGUCAUCUCGGUGAAGACGAGCGCCUCCGCCGAGGACGUGAACGACGACAUUGAGACGCUGGAGCAGCACCUGCAGGAGGCGACGGCCGCCGCUGAGAGGGGCAAGAAAAACUCGAUGCUGCCAAACAACACCGGAACAGGCGGAAGUGGUGGUGGUGGUAAGGGCGGCAAGAACGGCUACGUGCAGCGGAUGAAGGAGCACGCCGAGCUGCAGGAACGCAUCCGCAAGUUUUGCAUCUACUUCCGCUGGACCAGCUGGAUGAGCGAGCGAGAGGAGCACUCGCUCUUUCUCUUCUCACCGGAGAACGCCUGCCGCCGGUACUGUCGCUGGCUGGCCGACCACCCGCACUUUGACUACUUUGUGCUCAUCUUCAUCAGCCUCAACUGCAUCACCCUGGCGAUGGAGCGGCCGAAGAUACCGCCCUGGAGCCGCGAGCGGGAGUUCCUCAGCGCCGCCAAUUACAUCUUCACGGUAGUCUUUGGCCUGGAGAUGCUGGUCAAGGUGGUGGCGAAGGGGCUCUUCUACGGCCGGGACGCCUACUUCCACAACGGCUGGAACAUCAUGGACGGCUCGCUGGUCGGCAUCAGCCUCUUUGACAUCUUUCUCAGCUUCUUUGCGCAGCGCAGCCCCCGGAUCUUUGGCAUUCUGCGCGUCUUUCGGCUGCUGCGCUCGCUGAGGCCGCUUCGAGUAAUUAACCGAGCUCCCGGGUUGAAGCUGGUCGUGCAGACGCUGCUCUCCUCUCUCCGUCCCAUCGGCAACAUUGUCCUCAUCUGCUGUACCUUCUUCAUCAUCUUUGGCAUUCUGGGCGUUCAGCUGUUCAAGGGCGCCUUGUACUACUGUGAUGGACCAAAGGCGCACUUUGCGCACAACAAGACUGAGUGCCUCUCCGACCCGCGCAACACUUGGAUCAAUCGAAAGUACAACUUUGACAAUCUCGGACAGGCGCUGAUGUCCCUCUUUGUGCUCUCCUCCAAGGACGGCUGGGUGAACAUCAUGUACACGGGGCUGGACGCGGUGGGCGUCGACCAGCAGCCGAUUGAAAAUUACAACGAGUGGCGCCUGCUGUACUUUAUCUCCUUCCUCCUGCUGGUCGCCUUCUUCGUUCUGAACAUGUUCGUCGGCGUCGUCGUGGAGAACUUUCACCGCUGUCGGCGGGAGCAGGAGGCGGAGGAGAAGGCGCUGCGGGCGCUGAAGCGGGCGCAGAAGCUGGAGAAGCGGCGGAAGAAAAUGCGCGAGCCACCGUACUACAUUGGCUACGGCCGCCUACGGAUGUCCAUCCACCGCAUGGUCACCUCCAACUACUUUGACCUGGUCAUCGCCUGCGUCAUUGGCCUCAACGUGAUCACCAUGUCGCUGGAGCACUAUCAGAUGAGGAUGGAGCUCGUCUACGCACUGAAGCUCUUCAACUUCAUCUUCUCCUCCGUCUUCGUGGUGGAGGCGCUGAUGAAGGCUGUGGCCCUCGGCUUGCGUCGCUACCUAAAAGACAAGUGGAACCAACUGGACGUGGCCAUCGUCUUCUUCUCCAUUCUGGGCAUCAUCCUCGAGGAGAUGGAGUCGACGCUGAUACCGAUCAAUCCGACCAUCAUUCGGGUGAUGCGAGUCGCCCGCAUUGCGCGCGUCCUCAAGCUGCUGAAGAUGGCCAAGGGCAUUCGACAGCUGCUGGACACGGUGAUGCAGGCGCUGCCGCAGGUCGGCAACCUGGGGCUGCUCUUCUUCCUCCUCUUCUUCAUCUUUGCCGCCCUCGGCACGGAGCUCUUUGGUCGGCUAGAAUGCGACGAGGAGCACCCGUGCCAGGGCCUCGGCGAGCACGCCCACUUUCAGCACUUUGGCAUGGCCUUUCUGACGCUGUUCAGGGUGGCCACCGGCGACAACUGGAACGGCAUUAUGAAGGACACGCUGCGCGACAAGUGCGACCCGUCGAGCGAGUGCCUGAAGAACUGCUGCAUCUCCCCGGUGAUUGCCCCGAUGUACUUCGUCAUCUUCGUCCUCAUGGCGCAGUUUGUGCUCGUAAACGUGGUGGUGGCGGUGCUGAUGAAGCACCUCGAGGAGUCGCACAAGCAGAUGGACGAGGACGAGGACCACGAGAUUGACCUGGAGAUUGCCAAGGAGAUCGAGGCGGAGAAGCGGGCGCUGCGGGAGGCAAUUGAGCGGCGGCAGCGCGAGCAGACGCUCAAGGACCGCCGGCCGCUGAUGAAGAUGGCCUCGCUGCCGAGCAACUUUACCUUCUCCUCGCCGCUGGCCUCGCCCAGUGGCGGCGGCGCCUUUGAGGAGGAGCAGCAACUCAAGGUGGUGCAGGAGCAGGAAGGUUUUGCCCUCAGUUCAACUGGUAAUCAGCCUUCGGGAGGCUCAAGGAGAAAGAAGAAGCGCUCGGAGCGACAUUUGGAGAGUGGUGAACAUCUUCCAAAAGGUGGCAAUGUUGGAGAAAACAACAACAGCAGUGCCACUCCCGGCAAGCACCCCAAUCACAUGUCGAUCAGCUCGAUUCGAACGCUGCGCCUGCUGAUGCCGCUCUCCGCGGCGGGCAGCUCGCUGACGCAGCUGGCGGCCAUCUUCACCAACCACUGGCUCUUCACGAUGGAGCUGAUGCCCAAUGAGAAGUACGAGCGCUUCAAGAUGCCCCCGGAGAUGGAGUACCUGCGCAAGUACACCGAGUCGGGCAUGCUCCAGCUCUGCCAGAAUCAACGUAAGUGA